UAUGAGUUUGACGUGUCUGACGUUGUUCCCGGGAAGAUUCGUAUAACCUCUUUUUAAUCUUGUAAUAUUUGUAAAAAAUAUGCAUGUUUGCGCGAUUUCGUGGUCGUUGCUGAUAAAUUAACGAUUCUUCUAAACAAAGUAUACGUUUCUCUGUAAUUUAUCGAAAGCUGUUUCUUAUCACGGAACUCGAUAGUUCGAAGCUUGACAGAUCAGUUCCAACGACAUUCUGAAUUAAGGCUCACUACUUGUAUUUUCGAACGAAUCUUGCGAUGAGAACGGUUUCGAUAGCCACGCGUCUACUGUGAUUUAAACGAAUACAAUUGGAAACAUAAUUCGUGUUCAUCCGAAUAAAUUCUCGAUCGAUUAAUACAUGUACCUCAAUUUCCACAAGCACAAUUGACAAGUGAGAUUUUUGUGCAGAAUUGUGUAUUAGUGGUGCUCAUUUGACUUUACAUACCAAAUGUCAAAAAACAAAUUAAAUUUGACGCUACCUCCUGGCUCAAUAGAACCAGCUCCAGCUGUAUCACCAUCACCACCGGUACCACCAUUGCCUAUUUAUUCAGAGCCACCAGUAAUUCCAGACGGAGUUAUGGGUAAAAUGAGUAUAGAUGCUAUUCAAGAAAGGUUAGAGGAAUUAGAAAUGGACGAGGAACAAAGGAAGAGGCUGGAAAGCUUCUUAGGCCAAAAGGAAAAGGUUGGAGAAUUAUGCGCUGAUGACUUUGAAAAACUUGGGGAACUUGGUGCUGGCAAUGGUGGUGUAGUUAUGAAAGUGAGGCACAAAAAGUAUGGACUAAUAAUGGCAAGGAAGCUAAUACAUUUAGAAGUUAAACCUGCUAUAAAGAAACAGAUAAUUAGAGAACUGAAAGUGCUCCAUGAAUGUAAUUUUGCACAUAUAGUUGGUUUCUAUGGUGCUUUUUAUAGUGAUGGAGAAAUUAGUAUAUGCAUGGAAUACAUGGAUGGUGGGUCUUUAGAUUUAAUACUAAAAAAAGCUGGAAGAAUUCCAGAACCAAUACUAAGUACAAUCACUUCCGCGGUUUUGAAGGGUUUGAGCUAUUUACGAGAUAAACAUGCAAUUAUGCAUCGAGACGUAAAGCCAAGCAACAUCCUGGUGAAUAGCGCCGGGGAGAUCAAGAUUUGUGAUUUCGGUGUUUCUGGACAACUGAUCGAUUCCAUGGCCAAUUCAUUCGUCGGAACAAGAAGUUACAUGUCGCCAGAGAGGCUCCAGGGUACACAUUAUUCCGUACAAAGCGAUAUUUGGUCUCUAGGAUUGUCACUUGUCGAGAUGGCCAUUGGGAUGUACCCAAUUCCACCGCCAGAUGAGAAAACUUUAGCUGCGAUAUUUAACACUCCGCCGGGUCAACCACCAGCAGAGAGUGCUACUACGAAUAAUGCUUCUACUCCAACAACACAGUCGCCUGGACAUAGUACGGGUAGUCCACGACCAAUGGCUAUAUUCGAACUAUUAGAUUACAUUGUUAACGAGCCUCCUCCAAAACUGCCAGCUGGAAUGUUUAGCGAUGCUUUCACAGAUUUCGUUGAUCGUUGUCUGAAGAAGAAUCCCGCUGAGAGGGCUGAUUUAAAGACAUUGAUGAACCACGAAUGGAUCAAAAAAGCUGAAUCCGAAAACGUGGAUAUCGCUGGUUGGGUAUGUCGCACAAUGGAUCUACAACCGACUACUCCAACCCGUUUAGCUAACGUACAAUCCUGAAUAAAUGUCACUCUUACAUACUUGACUACCUACAUACGCGUUCAGUACUCUUAAGUGGGUCUCGGUUUCUUUUCGUUUGAUUGGUAUAAACAGUGGCGUUUGUAAAUUCUCUUUAUACCUAUUAUAAUCCCCGAAACGAAAGUUCCUCGCGAUUUUGAAAGUGGACUUCGUAUACCAGAAUUUGCCAUUGUUUAUCCAGUAUAUUUUAUUUAAUAUUGCUCGGUAAUACGUUAGCGUUAGAGCAAAAGCAUUUAUCGUGUAGAAUUUUAAGUAUAUUUAGAUAUUCGUUUUACGGAUUUUUUAAAUAACGAAAUUCGAUUAUUUAACGAUAUCAGCUGUUAGUUCUUAAUUUUACCCCGGUAUUAUAUUUUCAUCGAUCGUAGAAUUCAUUUGUAGGGCAUUAUAUUAUUUUAACGAUUCGCCAAGGGUCUGAUUUCAAAGUCGCGAUAACAACCAUGUAGAAUUUAUUAUACAUGAUCGAAAUACAAGUACAUUCGGUGUACAGGCGAUAUUAUAAAGUAUGGAAAAUCUACUUUUGACAUAGCUGCAUGAAAUACGUCACUGUGCU